AUGGCGAGCUCCGUGGGGAACGUGGCUGACAGCACAGAACCGACAAAACGUAUUCUUUCCUUCCAAGGGUUGGCUGAGCUGGCACAUCGGGAAUAUCAGUCAGGGGACUUUGAAGCAGCAGAGCGCCAUUGCAUGCAGCUAUGGCGUCAAGAACCUGAUAACACAGGCGUGCUGCUGCUCCUGUCUUCCAUUCACUUCCAGUGCCGAAGACUUGACAGAUCUGCUCACUUCAGCACGUUGGCUAUCAAACAGAACCCAAUGCUGGCUGAGGCGUACUCCAACCUGGGGAAUGUGUACAAGGAGCGUGGGCAACUGCAGGAAGCCAUUGAACAUUAUCGUCAUGCUCUGCGACUAAAGCCUGACUUCAUCGACGGAUACAUCAAUUUGGCAGCAGCUCUAGUCGCUGCAGGGGAUAUGGAAGGAGCGGUGCAGGCUUAUGUGUCUGCAUUACAGUAUAACCCUGAUCUAUACUGUGUUCGUAGUGACUUGGGAAACUUGCUUAAGGCGCUCGGGCGCUUGGAAGAGGCCAAGGCUUGCUACCUGAAAGCCAUUGAAACACAGCCCAACUUCGCAGUGGCAUGGAGCAACCUUGGCUGUGUGUUCAAUGCCCAGGGGGAAAUAUGGCUGGCCAUACACCAUUUUGAAAAGGCUGUGACACUGGAUCCAAAUUUCCUUGAUGCAUACAUCAAUUUAGGAAAUGUCUUGAAGGAAGCCCGAAUCUUUGACAGAGCUGUGGCUGGAUAUUUGAGAGCUUUGAGUCUUAGUCCUAACCAUGCAGUUGUUCAUGGAAACCUGGCUUGUGUCUACUAUGAGCAAGGCCUUAUUGACCUUGCUAUUGACACCUACCGUCGAGCUAUUGAACUGCAGCCACACUUUCCAGAUGCCUACUGCAAUUUGGCAAAUGCCCUAAAGGAGAAAGGCAAUGUGUCCGAGGCAGAAGAGUGCUACAACACAGCUUUACGCUUGUGCCCAACACACGCUGACUCCCUUAACAAUCUAGCUAAUAUCAAACGUGAACAAGGCAACAUUGAGGAGGCAGUUCAGCUUUAUAGGAAGGCCCUAGAGGUGUUCCCAGAGUUUGCUGCAGCUCACUCCAACUUGGCCAGUGUCUUACAACAGCAGGGCAAACUUCAGGAAGCCCUCAUGCACUACAAGGAGGCCAUCAGAAUUAGCCCCACAUUUGCAGAUGCUUACUCAAACAUGGGCAACACAUUGAAGGAAAUGCAAGAUGUUCAAGGAGCCCUCCAGUGCUACACACGUGCCAUCCAAAUCAAUCCUGCUUUUGCAGAUGCUCACAGCAAUUUGGCGUCAAUACACAAAGAUUCUGGGAACAUCCCAGAGGCCAUUGCAUCUUACCGCACCGCCUUGAAACUCAAGCCUGAUUUCCCUGAUGCUUACUGUAACCUUGCACAUUGCUUACAGAUUGUGUGUGAUUGGACAGAUUAUGAUGACAGGAUGAAAAAAUUAGUGAGCAUUGUUGCUGACCAGCUGGAGAAAAACCGUUUACCAUCAGUACAUCCUCACCACAGUAUGUUGUACCCGCUCUCCCACGCAUUUCGCAAGGCCAUUGCUGAGCGCCAUGGAAACCUCUGCCUUGACAAGAUCAAUGCUUUGCACAAACCUGCCUACGAGCAUCCAAAAGAUCUGACAGCCAGCGGUGGGCGUCUGCGUGUUGGCUAUGUCAGCUCAGACUUUGGAAACCACCCGACUUCUCAUUUGAUGCAAUCUAUUCCUGGGAUGCAUAAUUCUGAGAAAUUUGAAGUGUUUUGCUAUGCCCUGAGCCCUGAUGACAGUACAAAUUUCAGAGUAAAAGUGGUGGCAGAGGCUCAUAAUUUCACAGACCUAUCUCAGAUUCCUUGCAAUGGCAAAGCAGCUGAUCGCAUUCACCAGGAUGGAGUCCACAUUCUGAUUAACAUGAAUGGCUACACCAAAGGGGCCAGAAAUGAGCUGUUCGCCCUACGCCCAGCACCUAUUCAGGCGAUGUGGCUAGGUUACCCUGGAACCAGUGGUGCUCCCUUCAUGGACUAUAUCAUCACCGACAAGGAAACUUCACCUGGGGAAGUAGUUGAGCAAUAUUCUGAGAAGGUUGCAUACAUGCCUCAUACCUUCUUCAUUGGAGAUCAUGCCAACAUGUUUCCUCAUCUAAAGAAAAAGGCAGUGAUUGAUUUCAAAUCAAAUGGACACAUCUUUGACAACCGAAUUGUUCUCAACGGUAUUGAUCUGAAAGCCUUCUUGGACAGUCUGCCAGAUGUUAAAGUGAUAAAGAUGAAAUGUGACAACAAUCAGGAACCUGCUACAGACACAAAUGGAGCUUUGUCAAUGCCUGUGAUCCCCAUGAACACAGCUGCUGAGGCAAUCAUCAACAUGAUCAACCAAGGCCAAAUACAAGUCACCAUCAACAGCUUUACUGUCAGCAAUGGCCUUGCUACCACACAGAUCAAUAAUAAAGCUGCCACUGGCGAGGAGGUGCCACGCACAAUUGUUGUGACAACGCGAUCCCAGUAUGGUCUUCCAGAGGACUCCAUUGUUUACUGUAAUUUCAACCAACUCUACAAGAUUGACCCACCAACCCUCCAAAUGUGGGCCAAUAUCCUAAAACGUGUGCAGAACAGUGUCUUGUGGCUCCUUCGGUUCCCCGCGGUGGGUGAGCCCAACAUCCAGCAGUAUGCUCAGAACAUGGGCCUACCUAGUUCUCGCAUCAUCUUCUCUCCUGUGGCCCCCAAAGAAGAGCAUGUAAGGAGGGGUCAGCUAGCUGACGUGUGCUUAGACACACCUCUAUGCAACGGUCACACCACAGGCAUGGAUGUCUUGUGGGCUGGGACACCCAUGGUCACAAUGCCAGGUGAAACUCUUGCUUCACGAGUAGCAGCUUCACAACUUAGCUGCCUUGGCUGUCCAGAACUCAUCGCUCAUAGUCGACAGGAGUAUGAAGACAUAGCGGUCAAGCUGGGCUCUGACAUGGAAUACCUAAAGAUGAUCCGGGCACGUGUUUGGAAGCAGCGUAUCUGCAGUCCUCUCUUCAACACCAAGCAGUACACGAUGGACCUGGAAAAACUUUACUUGCAGAUGUGGGAGCACCACAGCAACGGCAACAAACCUGAAAACAUGUUUAAAGUCCACACUGUAGAAAGCAGUGACAGUGCCUGA